AUGCCUGAGGGAAACAUGGAAUCCUUGCCGACAAACAUCCGUCUUGUUAUGCUGAACUGCCGGUCGCUGUCAACUGAUCUCCAACAAGCCGCUCUAUCCAGACUUCUGCGAUAUCUGCAUGUACCGUCUGCUGCAUUGCAGGAAACACGCAUCAGGGAUCGCCCUCUCAUCUGUAUCGACAAUUACACAAUCUAUUGCAGCGAUGCCGAUGAAAGGAAAGUAGGAGACUGCGCAAUAGCUGUUAGGAACGAUUAUAACAACCUAGUGAAGGAGUUUGGAUCAACGUCGUCAAGGUGCCUGGUUGCGGGAUUGCAGAAGACUCAAACUCUGGAUCGGGAAUCAUCGAUGCCAUCAGCGCCACCACCGCCCUAUUCUUCUCAGCUUUAUGGUACGGUUCCAGAAAAGGUCUCCUCGAGAGCCUCAACAGGAAUCUGGGUGGAUGGACAACCUAUUGAACUCGUGGAUGAGUUCUGUUAUUUGGGCUGUAUGCUGAAAAACGAUGUCAGCUGGAAGAAAGAUAUUCAGCAAAGAUGUGCUAAAGCUAACCCGUCAUUCAACUCAUUGACCAAGUGCCUGUGGUCGACCUCCAUGCCUAACGGAGUUAAGCUACAAGUCUACCUUUCCGGAAUUCGCCCUAUCAUGAUGUACCGAUCGGAGACUUGGGCAGCACCGGCGAUGGUGAUGAAAAAGCUUGAUUGCAUGGAGAGAAAGCUGUUUAGGCAACUGCUAGGCUAG